AUGCAUGGCGACUCGUCUGACUCGGUCAAAAAGGGCUACCUCCCUGCAGGCGCUAAAGCCCCUGGUACUUUCGACACCUACGCUUCUGCGAUGAAAGACAUCUUGUCUCGAUUCAAAGAAGGUUGGAUUACCAACGUAGUGUUGACUACAAGUACCGCUGCGAAACGUCAGGUGUUUCACGAUGAUGUUAUGCGAGGGAGAAUUCACAAGUGUUCAGUCAGUCUGAUGGGCGAUUACAUCGUCGCCACCGACUCCGCGCCAGGAGUCUCUAAAGACUGUACUAUAGGAAAUGGUGUAGUCACCAUCACACCACCACACGGUGUGCUGGAAAGCCAAGGUCGUCUACCCAACUCCAAGGGAAGCACAGCUUGUCAGCUCACCCCUCCGCCCAUCACUUUCUAUCGUGAUAUGGACACUAUGCUGGACGAUCUCCGCAAACACUUAUGUCACAAUCCCCUCGGGUCAUCCUCUUCUGAUACUGCUGGGGAUAAUUCUCCCUUCGAGUACGCGCCUCACUCUUCCAAUACUUCUACUAAAUUAUACUAA